UACUGACAGAAUAGUCGCCACUGGCUUCCAGUUGCCCCUUGAUUAUAAAUAAAGAUUUCCUUCUUCCACAUUUGUUGUAGCCAUGGCGGUAUGGCAAUUGAGAAUAGAGUCUGUCACGAAUCUCCGGGAUUAGCGACAGCUGCUUCUUCCUAGCGUCAAUGGCGGACGGAGCAGUUUCAGACUAGGAUCCAUGGCAUGGCCUUCAACUUCAUCGUCUUCCUCCUCCUCGUCGCCACAAUCGCCUUCUUCCUCGCAAUCCCCCGCCGCCCUUCAAUUCCACAAUACCCUACUCCGCAUAGAGCUCUCCUCGCCGAGUCCAACUGCCGCCUCACCUCCUCCGAUGGCCUCUUCGACUACUCCUCCUUCCAUUCCUGCCUCUUCGCAGGUAACCCGUUCCUCUCCGUCCCCUUCCUCGUCCUUGUUCUCCUCUUCCAGUUCUACAUCCUGGUCAAAACCGCCCAGGAUCGGUUCUCCGUCGUCGUGACGAAGCUAUCAGCUCACCUGAAGCUCUCGCCGUCGAUGGGAGCGGUCACGCUUCUGGCGCUGGGUAAUGGCGCUCCAGAUGUGUUCGCUUCGGUCGCGGCGGUUCGCGGCGGACAGCCGCGGACCGGUUUCGGUGCGAUUCUUUCGGCGGGGACGUUUGUUUCGGCGUUUGUUGUAGGAUUCGUCGCGAUCUACGCCGCGCCGUUCGCCGUCGAUCCGGCGCCUUUUAUUAGGGAUGUGCUGUUUUAUUUGACUGCUGCACUGUUUCUGUUUUAUGUGUAUUUGAGUGCCGAGAUUUACUUGUGGCAGGCUGUUGGUUUUGUUGGUUUCUACGUUUUCUUUGUCGGCAUUGUGUUUUCUAUGGAUUUUGGAUACAGAAGUGUGGUUGGAGAGGAGAAAAGGAAAGGCGCUGAUGGUGGCGCCGCUGGCGGCGGCGGCGGCGGCGGCGGCGGCGUUGGUGCGGAGGUAGUGGCGAUGGAUUGUGAAAGUGGGGAAUUGGUGGACAGAUUUAAUGCUGGAAGUAAGAAGAGUUUUGGGUUUUGGAAGGUCCUCAACAUGAUAUCACGGACGUGGGAAGUUCCUGUCUCGACACUUCUAAAACUCACUGUCCCAGAAACAUCUCCAUCCAAAUGGAGCCGGUUUUACCAAUCUGCUACCAUAGCUCUCUGCCCACUCGCCCUUCUAUUCUCCUGCAAAUCAUUUAUGCCUCUAGACCAUUCGAUUAUUUUCCUUAUUCCAAACACCCGCUUCCCUCUUUGGUCGGUGGUACUCUUCGCCAGCUCCUCUUUAGCCGUUCUCCAUUACAUGAUCGAAAAAGAGCCACCAAAAUCCGAGCAAAUCUCUGCAGCGGUCAUUGCAUUCAUCAUGAGUGUUUUCUGGAUUUCAACCACGGCUGGCGAAUUGCUGAACUGCCUCGCGGCUAUUGGCCAGCUGUUGCGACUCCCCCCUGCCCUUCUUGGAUUGACGGUUCUUGCUUGGGGGAAUUCAGUCGGCGACCUUGUUGCUGAUGUGGCUGUCGCAAAAGCCGGGCAGCCGGCCAUGGCUAUGGCCGGUUGCUUUGCCGGGCCUAUGUUCAACAUGCUGUUUGGGCUUGGGACAGGUUUAGUGAUAGAGACAGUGGAAGUAUUCCCUGAAGCUUACGAGCUUCGGUUCCACACGAGCAUCGUGAUGGCAUUCGUGUUCUUGAUUCUAAGCUUGAUGGGGUCUCUUUUGGUGGUAACUUGGCAUAGGUUUCGCGUUCCCAGGUUCUGGGGAUUCUGCCUCGUUGCGCUCUACGUCAUCUUCAUAGCUGUAAGUCUAGUUAUAGCCAAAAUCUCUCGAUGACCCCGGCAAAAAACGCUCGGACAUGGCCUACUCUAACGUCGUCGAAUUUGGAUUAUUUAGUGUUACAAUACACUACACUACGUUAUGGGUGUAUUUGGUUACGGAAAUAGGGAAAUGCGGUUAGUGUCAGUUGAGUUAUAUAGAAACUUCAUGGAAUUUUGAAUAUCAUACUCCUUCCCGUCA